UGGCGGAGUAGCGUCACUCGUUGGUCUCCCCUGGAUAGAGCGGCGCGGUGAAGGGGGUGGUCGAUCUGUCCGGCGUCUCGCUGGUGUUGGCGGAGUGAGGUGACGGGGAGAAGAAAUGGCGGAGGCGGCGGCGGUGUCUCAGCAUCGCUUUUUCUGUCACCACUGUAAAGGGGAAGUCAGCCCUAAGCUGCCGGAAUACAUCUGCCCGCGAUGUGACUCUGGUUUCAUCGAGGAGGUGACAGAAGACUCCAGUUUUCUAGAUUCCGGGGGAAGCACAAUAGACGACAAUGGCUCCACACAUUUCGCUGAGCUUUGGGACCAUUUAGACCACACAAUGUUCUUUCCCGACUUCAGACAUUUCCUGAGCAGCAGCUCGCUGGACCAAGAGGGCCGAGACAGCGAGCGGCGUCACCAAUCCCACCCGGACAUCAGGGUGACGCGACGGCCCCCAAGGCAGCCCAUGACGAGAUAUCGUUCCCGCGUCAGCUCCCGGCCCGACCGUUCUCCCGCCAUUGAAGGCAUCAUUCAGCAAAUCUUUGCCGGGGUCCUGGCCAACCCACCUCUACCCGGGUCACCGCAUCCCUUCUCCUGGAGCGGGAUGCUACAUUCAAACCCCGGGGACUACGCCUGGGGACAAAGCGGGUUGGACUCCAUCGUCACGCAGCUCCUGGGCCAGCUAGAGAACACUGGACCCCCUCCGGCCGACAAAGAGAAAAUCUCUUCCCUCCCGACUGUCACCGUAACACAGGAGCAAGUGGACAUGGGUCUGGAGUGUCCGGUGUGUAAAGAUGAUUACACAGUAUCAGAACAAGUGCGGCAGCUGCCCUGCAAUCACUUCUUCCACGGAGACUGUAUCGUGCCUUGGCUGGAAAUGCAUGACACAUGCCCUGUCUGCCGGAAGAGUUUAAAUGGCGAGGACUCGACCCAACCUCCCCCCAGCUCCGAGGCCUCAGACAACAGCUACAGCAGUGACAGCCAGUCACAUGACCAAUGGACCUACUAAAGGCCCUCGGACCCAUUCCCGCGGCGUGUACAGAAUACGAGGACAGUCCGAAA